UUCCAUGGUCCACGUUCAAUGAUAAACUUACGUACAUUCAAUUCAGUCAAAACUAGAAAUAACCCCCCAUUUCUGCUUUUUAAAUAAUUCUACAGAAUUCCAUCCUUCACCAACAAACCUCCAAAAAUUAGCCGGCAUUCAUAUUGACUUUGACAAUUGAAGAAUCCAUCCAACAGGAAAUUAUUACAAAACCGCAACUGUUUCCCAAUUAAUACUCAGAUUUCUCCCCAGAUUUCACAAAUUCUCAAUCAACAACAGAUCAACAACCAAUUAGUCUACUUUACUUCAUUAUUAUUUAUCAGUUUUAUCCAGAUUUAUCCAUACCAUAUAUGAAAUAAGCCCAAAUUUGCAUAAAUACUCAGGCCUUUUCAGUAAGUCCUAAAUACAAAAUUCGCCAACUAACACGGUUUCCCUUUGUUUUGACUGGGGUACCCCAAACCAACCACAAAUUGGGGCAAAUUAUGUCCCUACUUACACAGACAAAUUCUUAUUGUUUACUCCAAUAAACAAUAGCUAUUGUUUACCUACCCCAGCAUUUUUUCACAGGUAUGAAGAAACGUCACGGAAAUAUUUUAGGGGUCCAGUUUUUGGUUAAAUUGGAAUCUGCAGAAUUCGGCAGUUCUCACCUUUUGGACGAGCUGGUUGGUCGUUUUGAAAAUACAAAAAAAAACGAAACGAAGCGACAGAGAUUGUCCAAAUUUUGGGAUUUGAGAUAGACAAUUAAUUUCCCAGUUAAUUAAUUGGACAGUAAAUUGUUCAAGUAAUUAAGGUUUAAUUGAUUAAAAGUUUUAAUCUCGAAAAUCGACACGAAACGACAGAAAUUGUCCAAAAUUGAUCAUACUUGAGGCAAACAAUUAAUUACCCAGCCAAUUAAUUAAAUAGUUAUUUCUUAAAUAAAUUAAUCUCAAUUUAAUCUCAAUUUAAAAAAACACGAAAAGAAGUGACAGAGAUAGUGAAAAAUCUGGGAUUUGAAACACAAUUAAGUUUCAAGUUAAUUAAUUGCGCAUUUAAUUUCUCAAUUAAUUUAAUCUCUAUUUUAAAUUAAUGCUCUGGCAUGGAGAGCAAUUGGAUUGACAGGAUUUUUGAGAAGGGAUGGUCCCCAAGAAUUUCGGCGGGUAUCGUGAUACCCGGACUUUUUAUCCUCAGUGUGGCCGUGUACUACUGGUGGAUUGCGGGGAGGGAGUGGGCCCGUCGCUUUAAUAAAUUGGGGGGACCAAUUUGCCUCCCGUUUUUGGGGUGUGGCUGGAUCAUCCUUAAUCCAAACAGAAUUCACGAGCAGAUUGGCAAGUAUGGGAAAAUUUACAAGAAAAAUGCCCGAUUCUGGUUGGGUCAUCUUCCCUACUUUAUCACGACGGAUGUUGAAAUUAUUGAGAAAAUUCUGACCAAUCCGGCAAAUUUUGAGAAAGCUGAGGCAUACUCGAACUCACAUUUUCUCGUGGGACAAGGGCUCGUUGCGGCGUCAGUCCCAAAGUGGAAAAAGGAUCGCAAGGUAAUGCUCCCUUGCAUGAAAUCGACUAUGUUUCCCACAUAUUUGGAAAACUUUAAUAAAAAUUCGGCCAUUUUGGUGGAAAUAUUGGGCAAAAUAUUUACCCAUGAUGCUCAACCGAGUUGCGACAUCCGACAACAUUUUGCAAGAUGCAUGAUUGACGUUGUAUUCGAAACACUCCUCGAUACUGAUGCAAAGGUUCAGAAAUGUCCUGAAUCCCGUUUUUACGAAGCUUUUACAGAAUGUUUUCAUAUCGUGGAAUCUAAAAUGUUUCUCCCUUGGACUAAAUUCCCCCCGCUCUGGUACCUUUUGGGGUAUAGGGACGCAGAGAAAAAAAAUAUGGACAUUCUCAGAAGAACGAUCAGUGAAAAGAUGAUUCGCCAAAAAAUGGAAGACUGGCGUCAAAAUAAUAAUAACGAAACUGAUGAAAAUCAAAGGUUACAAAUGGCCCAUUAUCUUUAUCAAACUGGGGAUUACGAUAGUACGGACUUGUUCCACCAAUUUUUAACCGUUUUGGCCGGUGGGUACGACACGACAUCUACCGUUCUGAGCCACACGAUUUAUCUCCUCGCACUAAAUCCCGACAUCCAAAGGAAAUUAAUAGACGAAUUGGAUUCUGUGUUUGAAGACGCUCACCGUCCCGCCACCCCUGCUGACCUGGAGCAGUUGAAAUACCUGGAUUUAGUCCUCAAAGAAUCGAUGCGAUUUAUCACACCAACUCCAAUGUUGGGCAGAACCCUGGGUGAAGAUUUGGACCUCGGAAUGGGUCGCGUCGUGCCCAAAGGGUGUAACAUUCUUGUCUCAGCGAUGCAUGUCCAGCACGACCCAGAUCUUUGGCCAGACCCCGAGAUCUUCAGACCAGAAAGGUUCCUGACGCAGAGCGGGAACGAAAAGGGGACCAAGUUUUUCAGUUAUUUACCCUUUUCAGCGGGGCCGAGGGGUUGUUUUGCUCCAAAAUUUGCGAUGAUGAGUGUCAAAGUCCUAUUAUCAAGAGUCCUGCGAAACUUCACCGCUUCAACGAAGAAACCUUUAAACACGUGCGUUUUCCAGUAUGGCGUCGUGCUCCACGUGCUCGGCGGACUUCCCGUCACGCUGCACCCAAGACGUUAAAUUAAAUAGCAUAUCUUCUUAACCUGUACCCAAAACCCAUUUUACAUAUUUAUUACACACCUUGAGGCAAUUCACGCAGGCGUUGGCAACCUUGUAAAAUUCGCAAAAUCCCAAAGCUUACAAAUGAUUGCAAUAUUUUCCAAAUAUUUGGAAAGAAAAUUUGCUCACAAAUUUUUGUGAAGAUACUCCUAUCAAGGGCGUCUCUUUACUUUGUAAAAUUAUUUUGCAAAGUUACCAAUGACUAUGAAUUCCAUUUGCAAAAAUUAUUGUCGAAACGAAAUCUAUAUAAGUUAUUCGUACCGAUGCAAUUUCGACUACGUGAAUUUCGGUACACUGUUGAAAAUCUGGUAGAGUCACAUAUGUAUUCCGUACUGGGAUGGAUUUGGUAGUAAUGUCCUACCCUAUUACACUCUAAGAAACCCGGUAACUAAGUUAUUACCAGGCGGAGUAUCUAUGUGACUCUACCG